AGUUUGUGCGUCAUCAGCUACUAACCUACCUGGAACAGAAACUUUUCUUUGUUCCGGGGGGCCGCUAUGGCUAUGGCGUAACAUGCCAUUUUCGUCAUCUUGAAAAUUCCUUUCGCGAACAACUCCUUUCUAAUCGUUCUUUCUAAUCGUUUAACUACUUGUAGUUGUAACUAUUUAACUAUUCAUAAUUGGAUAUCUUACUUUACUCUCUAAGCUUACACAUGUUAACCUAGUAUAUUAUUAUCUUCGCUGACGCCUUUUCUAUGUGCCAUUGGAGCUUUGGUUACCCCUGACGUUGGUCUUAUUGCAGGUCUUAUUGCACAACCAUUGUCCCCUGAACUUGCGCUAUAGAUGGCUCCUCCUACCUGGCCUUUGAACCUCGAUGUCGAAGCCAUAUCAGGUAUCUGCGGCUCCAUCUCGAUUGCGGCAUGGGUCGUAGUCUUCUCUCCCCAGAUCAUAGAAAAUUUCCGACGAGGCUCCGCCGACGGAUUGUCCGUUCCUUUUAUCAUCCUCUGGCUGCUUGGCGAUGUCUUCAAUAUACUUGGCGCCAUACUUCAAGGCGUACUGCCGACAAUGCUCAUCCUAGCAAUUUACUACACGAUAGCCGAUUUCGUUCUUUUGGCGCAAUGCUUCUACUACAAGGGUUUUACGUGGAAGGACGAAAUCCCGUCGCCCCAGCCGAAACCGCCGAACGUCGUAAUUGUCGAUGAGCCUACUGAGAGAACAGGAUUGUUAAAUGGCCACCUGGAUGAAAGAGAAAGAAGAGGCAGUGAGUGGUCUCAUCUGAAUCCGACUGUGCCUAUGGUGUCAGAGGCUCCGGUCACGCCCCCGCCUACGCCAACGAGACUACAGUCAGUAAUAUGGAAUUCGGUAGCUGUCCUUAUGGUUUGCGUAGCGGGCGUGCUUGGAUGGCUGUUGAGCAGACAGUAUUCAAACGGUCAGUCCGAUUCACCCGCGGACGAGGGUCUUCCUUCAUUCGAUCUUUGGGGUCAGAUCUUCGGUUGGCUAUGCGCUCUUCUCUACCUUGGGUCAAGGCUCCCCCAAUUGCUGCUUAAUUGGCGUCGUAAAUCAACCGAAGGUAUAAGCAUCCUAUUCUUCCUCUUUGCUUGCCUGGGAAAUUUGACCUAUGUCCUUUCAAUCUUCGCCUACGAGCCUCACUGUGCCAAAUUACAAUGCGAGCCUGGUGAGGCAGAGCGGAUAUAUGGGAGAUACAUACUUGUCAACUCCAGCUGGUUAGCUGGUAGUCUAGGGACUUUGCUCUUAGAUCUAGGCAUAUUCGCUCAAUUUUUCAUCUAUAGUAAGGAUAAGUCAGCAGACGAAGAGGCUAUCGAUGACGAAGAAACUAUUGCCGAUGAUGGGUACAUCGAGGAUCGGCCGCUUCUGCAGCGGACUGGUUCUGGUCUCCCAUAUAUUCCCUAAACUGGAGGGAUAACAGCACUCCGUACUAAUAAUUGCAUUCACCGGCUUACAAAAUGGAUUUGGUACUGGAACGGAAAAGGAUAAUGGAGUUCGGGUUUAUAUUUAUUCUCCCUUCAUCUAAGAGAAAAUUUGGAAGUGUGUAGCCAGGCUACUGACAAGACGUUGCAUUCUUAAUACCAAACAGGGAGAUUCAGGCCGGUGUACUAUAUUAUUCUUUGAAAUACAGUUGGGAUAUGCAGCAAUGCUUCAAGGAAGGUGGAACUAAAGGCUGCUUUUUAUCAUCCAAUCCUUUAUUUCGAACAGUUAUAUACUCUUGCUCCUAGGCAGACAGUUUAACCUUUUCAUAUACAAUAGUGAAUACUGUCAAUAUAUCACCUAGGUUCUGCUUCCUUUCUAUAAGUUGUAUGAUACGAGGUAACUAGGUACCUACUCAUAUAUUCGAAACUGUCGCCGUUGAGACCAUUUAACCGCCAGGUCUCUAGGGACCGUUGAGAUAUAUACUAUCGAAUCUGUUUUGCAGCACCCUGGAAUAGACAUGACUAUUUAUAACCAAGGAUCUUGUUCUAGGUGUCGAUAGACUUAAUCUAGAUCAUAUGCAUUAC